AUGACUCCGUCGGCGUCCUUCCAGCCUCACACAGCCAGCACAGUUGUCAUGAGGAAAGAAGCAUCGGAGCUGCGCAAAACCUUAAAGCCUUUGCUGGAGAAGCGAAGGCGAGCGCGCAUCAACGACUGCCUCAACCGUCUGAAAGAUUUAAUAGUUCCUUUAACAGGAAAAGAUAACUGCCGUUUUUCCAAGCUUGAGAAAGCAGACAUUCUGGAAAUGACGGUCCGAUUUCUUACUGAAGUCCACAAAACCCCGAAAAAAGAUGCUCCAGAUGCUUACAAAGAGGGUUACGAAGCGUGCCUGCAGCGCGUCACUGCACUGCUCCCAUGCACCAGCCUGGACCAGGACACCAGCGAGCGCGUCCAAGACUUCAUCCAGCAGUCCAUGCGCUCGGUUCCUUCCUGCAGCAAGUGCAGCGCAUGCAGUCCCAGAACAGCUUCACCGAUCCAGCACCGAUCCAGCACCCUUCAGUCUAUCCUGAGUCGAAAACGUUUAGACAUGGCGAGAAGUGAGAAGCGCACAGGCGUAAUUGCGCCGGCGCAACAAGCCAUCGUGCAGAACGUCUGGAGACCCUGGUAG